AUGUCAUCCUCCUCCUCGCCAGCGCCGAGGAAGUUCAGCGCCGAGGUGCGCGACGACAACCCCUACAGUCGUCUGAUGGCACUGCAACGGAUGGGUGUCGUGGACGACUACGAGAGUAUUCGCGAUAAGGCGGUCGCCAUCAUCGGCGCCGGCGGCGUAGGCUCCGUCGUGGCGGAGAUGCUGACGCGCUGCGGCAUUGGCAAGCUCCUUCUCUUCGACUACGAUACGGUGGAGAUGGCGAACAUGAAUCGUCUCUUCUACCGCCCCGAGCAACAGGGGCUGAAGAAAGUGGAAGCCGCCAAGGAGACACUGAAAGACAUCAACCCUGACACAGUCGUCGAGCCGCACGCCUACAACAUUACCUCGACAGAGCAAUGGCAACGCUUCUCGGACGCACUGACAAAGGGCGGCGUCUCUCCCAACUCGCCAAUCGAUCUCCUGCUGUGCUGCGUCGACAACUUCCAGGCACGUCUCACCGUGAACCUCGCGUGCCUGACGUACAAGCUGCCGUGGAUGGAGAGUGGCGUCGCCGAGAACGCCGUCAGCGGACACAUUCAGCUGCUGCUGCCCGGCGUCACUCCGUGCUACGAGUGCUGUCCUCCGCUCGUUGUCGCCACCGGCUUGUCAGAGGCGAAGCGAGAGGGCGUCUGCGCUGCCUCACUGCCAACCACCAUGGGCAUCGUCGCUGGCUUCCUGGCGCAGAACACGCUCAAGUACCUCCUGCAUUUCGGCGAGGUCUCCGAGUACAUCGGCUACGACGCCAUGCGCGACCACUUCCCUCGCGUCGAGCUGAAGGCAAAUCCAGAGUGCCGCAACGCGCUGUGCGGGGAGCGACAGGCCGCCUACGCGGCGAAGGUGCGGGCAAUGGGCGAGGCGGCGCACCCGCUUUAUGCCGCACGCAAGGCCCGUGCAGAUCGCGCAGAGAAGGAGCAGCAGGCGGCGCGGGCGCGGGCGAAGGCCUGCGCGGCCGAGUGGGGUAUCACGGUGGAGGCUGAAGGCAAGGACUCACUCGUCGUCCACGGUAAGAUGGUGGGCAGCUCCUCCGCUGCGGGCGAGGCAAGCAGUACGACCACCUCCGCCCUGCCGGGAAGAGAAGGGGAGGGCGUGAGCGGACUCGAGUACGCGUACGCCGGCACUGCGGGAGACAGCGCCAAUGUCGCGGAUGAAGACAAGUAUGUCAAAACAACCGGUGCGUCUAUUGAGGAGCUCAUGGCACGUAUGAAGGCGAUUCAGUAA